CAUCUGUGACUUCUCUGUGCUCAGUGAAAACCUGGUUGAUCAGUUAGUGCAAGGAUGAAGUGCAGUGUGUUCAUUUUUGUCCUGUCAAUGGUUGUCCUUGCGGCUCAACCUGGAGAAGGUUUUCUACACCUCAUCUCUCACGUCAUCAACGGUGUUAGCCAUGGUAUUCAUGGCCUUGCUCGCCUCAUCCAUGGGAAUGGAAAGACUGACGUACAAGCAGACCAGCAGCAACUGGACCAGCAGGAAAUGGACCAGGAGCAACUGGACCAGCAGGAAAUGGACCAGGAGCAACUGGACCAGCAGGAAAUGGACCAGCAGAAACUGGAUCAGCAGGAAAUGGACCAGCAGCAACUGGACCAGCAGGAAAUGGACCAGGAGCAACUGGACCAGCAGGAAAUGGACCAGCAGGAAAUGGACCAGCAGCAACUGGACCAGCAGGAAAUGGACCAGCAGCAGAAAGACGAACAGCAACUUAACAAGCGUUCCUUUAAGUACCAGGCUGUAAAACAUCGUAUUGCUUAGACUCAGUGAGCAAACCUGAGAAUGCUUUCAAUCUUGUGCUAAUUCUAUAAGUAGACUUGUCUAUAACCCAGAGAAUCCUUUCUUGAAAAAUGUUUUCUUUGCUAAAAAUUAAGUUGAUCAGUUUGGCUCUUAGCCUGUUGAACAAUAAACCUCUGCAGCAGCAUA